AUGUCCAACACCACACCCAAGUUCAAUGCACAUGUUGUUUCCAUGAACGACUUGCAUCACUUCCGCAAUGUUGUAGAUUGGCUCGAUGCCAUCGUUCCCAACCCCGAGCUCACCAAGCCAAACAAUCGACUACCCCAACCUCGUGUCGUCGCGACCAAGAGAAGGCAUCCGAUGACGACACCUCCACCAUCGAAUUCUAGCAGCCACAACCAACGUGCAAGCUCCCCGACCAAACGACAACGACUCGAUUAUACAAAUGAAUAUGGUAGUGAGACUGGCGAUGUCUCUGAAGGCGUCUGGGUAGAAGAGAUGGAAAUGGGCGACGAAACACCUCGGUCAAACAUCAAUCAAGCGCGACCGCAUCUACCGCCUAUUCCGUUCCGAGGCUUCGACGCACCCAGCAUUACACCAUUACGAUCCAAUUCGAUGGCCUCGGGAAGCUCAUGCCAGUCACCAUCUGUCACGGGCUCGGAAAAGUCGAGCGCCAGAGGUCGACGCAAGAGGAGCCCUGUCAAGUCUGCGAAUGGUCUUUGGGUACUCGAUUUGCCUGUUAUCUCGGUCCGCAUGGGCGACAACCCUGCUGAAUUCCUGCCAACCGACGUUAAGGAUCUAUUUACAAGUAUAGACGACAUCGUUGAAGAUCACAUCAGAGUCUUUCCAUCAGAGAUUCGCGAGGACGUGGAAGCAAUUAUUCCUCGGGCGAAAAAGAAGAAUGAUUGGUUUCGCCCUACACAAGUAGCUUCCCAGCAGUCGGCAACUGAAGAUGAGAUGUCCUUUCCCAGGUCUCGCAAACCAAAGUCAGCCCUCGAGGUCGCAUUGCAUGAGCUGGACUUCUUGCGCGAUGUUGUCAACACAGCACAAGACUGCAAGGACUAUACCCGAGCGGAGGUUUCAUGGAAUAUCCAGGUCCAUCAGCCACUACUGCAACAUGCGCUUGCUGCAUAUGCAACCGUACAAGUUGAGCCGUCCCUUACAGCAAGAAUCCUGUCUCCCUUCUCCGCUGCAACGAGUGGACGCGGCGGUGGGAACGUUAUUGAGAAUAAGAUGAUCGAUUUCUGCCUCACCCUGUGGCUCAACGAUGGGAAGCCCCAUCGACUGCUUGACGAGAGGAAUGCAAAGGCUGCUCCAGCUGAUUUAAAACUCAUAUCGGCUAUUGCGGAUAAAGUAUGGUCCCAGCCUUCCGACGCCCAGUCUGUCAACCAAACCGGCUAUCCUCCAUUGCAGUUCGCGCCCAUCGCUUGCAACAUCGAAACCAAAACAUCGAGUGUCCAGCAAGACGGCGAACUGCAGCUCUCUGUCUGGACGGCGGCUUGGUAUCAACGCAUGAAUAUGCUCGUGCCUGCACGCAUUGCCCAACACGGCAUUAUCACGUUGCCACUACUAUAUAUCAUAGGGCACGACUGGAAGUUGUCUUUUGCAUGUUGGCGUGGGAACAGAAUCGAGAUUAUGGGACCGCUUGCACUCGGAGAUACGACGACGUUAUUGGGCACGUACACUAUUGUUGCUGUACUGAGGAAGAUUGGUGACUGGAUCACGACGGUAUAUCGGGAUUGGAUUGAGAAGAUGUUUCUACAAGAGUGA